AUGUCAGGAGGGGACAACAGUGAUGGCUGGGACAAUAACGAACAGUGCAGUGACGAAACUGAGAAUGCCGAUUCUGAGGAUUGGUACAGGGAGUCAACAGGAACUGAAGAAUCUACCGAUACGUCAAGGUUUGAAGAAAAAGAAGACCAAGACAAGUAUGGAAGUUUAGAUGACGGCGAUUCGAAAGAUGCCUGUGACGGUGAAACAAAUACAUGGGACACCGGAUCUAGCUAG